CAGCAGCAGCAGCGAGGAGGAGCCCGCCUUCCUGUAUCCCGCCGGCCCGCCCACGAAGCCGCCAGCCACACUGCCAACGCCGGCCGGCUGGCCGACCUCUGCUCCUGGGUUGAAGUCUUGAUCUCUCCAGACCACCAUGUCCAAAUCCAGUGAUCGCAAGGACAAGAACACUCUCACGGAAGAUGAAGCUCCCACCGACUUCACUGUUCGAACCCGCAAGAGAAAAGCUGAUGUCGCCACAUUUUUACAGGAUCCAGAUGAGGAAGUUGCCAAAACAGAAAUGACCAAGAAGAAACAGAAUGAGAGCCAGCCGUUUUCAAACUAUGAUGUGUGCGCACAUCCCCAUAUGCUGAUCCCAACACCAGAGAAAGAUGAUGAGCUGGGAAGCCCAAACUUCUCUCCUUUCAUGCACCAAAGCCUUGCUUCAUCUAGAGAUUCGCCGUUGCCUGUUUUGGGCUGGGCAAAUAGGGAUGAAGUGUGGAAAAACAUGAUAAUAAAAGAACAGGCAUAUGUGAGGGAUAAACUAUAUCUGCAAAGGCAUCCACUCUUGCAACCUAAAAUGCGGGUGAUUCUUCUAGACUGGCUAAUGGAGGUUUGCGAAGUCUACAAGCUUCAUAGAGAGACAUUUUAUUUGGCACAGGAUUUUUUCGAUCGGUUCAUGGCCACGCAAAAGAACAUUGUAAAGACACUUCUGCAACUUAUUGGAAUUUCAUCCUUAUUCAUAGCCGCAAAGCUUGAGGAAAUCUAUCCUCCAAAGCUGCAGCAGUUUGCAUAUGUUACAGAUGGGGCUUGUACUGAAGAAGAAAUUCUUAGUAUGGAACUCAUCAUUAUGAAGGCACUCAAUUGGAAUCUGAGUCCCCUCACGGUUGUGUCCUGGCUAAACAUAUACAUGCAGGUCGCUUAUCUAAAUGAAAUCUGUGAGAUGCUGCUACCGCAAUACCCCCAGGAGAUAUUUGUGCAGAUAGCUGAGCUUUUGGAUCUCUGCGUGCUGGAUGUUGGCUGUUUGGACUACUCCUAUGGCGCUUUAGCUGCUUCUGCAUUAUAUCACUUCUCCUCUUGUGAGCUGAUGCAGAAGGUUUCGGGUUAUCAAUUAUGGGAAAUACAGGACUGUGUGAAGUGGAUGGUUCCCUUUGCUGUAGCCAUCAAGGAGGUGGGGAGCUCGCCGCUCAAACACUUCAGAGGCGUUCCUUUGGAAGAUUUGCACAAUAUACAGAUGCACAUUAACACCUUUAACUUGCUGGACAAAGUUCAAGAAAAACAAGCUGCGUUGGCCAAGAAGAGGAGGAGUUCUCCUCUACCCCUGGGUGUCCUCACCCCACCUCAGAGCAGUAAGAAAUUGUCUCUGACACCCAAACAGCUGUAACUUUUUCACAAGCUACUCAACCUGAAGACCUCUUGGCCAAAACACCUUUAUAAUUCUUGAUUCUUUACUGUGAGAUGCUGCCAAUGACUUACCCAAAUGUCUUAUGUAUUCUAAAGAGAAAAGUCUUCACUUUUUUAUGAUGGAGGAAACCUGCAUUAUUUUUAUGGGACACUUUGAUUUUUAAAUGAACUGAUGGGGUACGCCAGCCACCCAAAAACAACAAGCAUUUGCUUGGAUUGCUGCUAAGGAGGGCGAUACUCGUUGUGCUGACUCGAAAAGGGGGUGGGAAGAGAAAAAGGGGUUCUGCCUUCUGCACUUCUGGGGCAUUAACCAUACUCUGGAUUUUGCUAGCUGUGGAUGGCAAGCUCCUUCUCAGACCUUCCUAGUUUACAACUUGAUCCUUUUUUAACUAAACACUUUGUAUAAAUGGUCUUAUGUGUCUUAAUUUUUAAAUAAAAUGCUAUCAGCUGCGU